AUUAAGAUACCAAUGAGCACUGACUCAUUUUUAUUAAAAAAAAAAAAUUAUGUUUCAUCCAUUCAAACUAUGCUCUCUCCUGGGCUUCAUGCUCUGUCUCUGCUUGCUGAUCAGUCUGUUCACCGGAGCUACCUCCCAACUCGCACUUUACUGUCCCAAAAGCGCCGCUACUUAUACCCCAAACAGCACUUACCGAUCCAAUCUUAAUUCCCUCCUCUCCGCUCUUUCUUCCAAUGCCACCCGCGAGAAUGGGUUCUACCACAGCGCCGCCGUGGGCUCCGGCAACAACACCGUGUACGGCAUGUUCAUGUGCCGGGGCGAUGUUUCCACCGCCGACUGCGGCGGGUGUGUGAGAAAUUCCACCACCGAUAUACUGCAGCUGUGCCCCAACGGAAAGACCGCUUUUGUCUGGUACGAUUUCUGUAUGUUGCGUUACUCCAACGAGCCUAUAUCCCGGAGAGUCGAGCAGUCGUCAAUCAUGUACAGUUUAUACAAUACACAGAACGAUUCUCAGCCGGCUCCGUUCAUGGAGUCGAUCAGGAGCACGCUGGAUCAGCUGGUCACCGGAGUUCUUGGCGAUCGGUCCGGCAAGAAAUUUGCAGUUCAAGAAACUAACUUCACUGCACUUGAGAGGAUCUACAGCCUUGGGCAGUGCACCCCGGAUAUUCCCAACUUGAAUUGUCAGACAUGCCUAACUAGUGCUAUCCAGUUGCUGUACACUUGUUGCUAUUCAGCGGUGGGUGCUAGAACUCUCUCCCCGUACUGUAAUGUUAGGUAUGAAACCUACCUUUUCUACAAUCGCACAGCCGCCUCGCCGCCGCCGCCACCGGCUUCGCCGCCUCCUCUCCGUCCUCCUCCACCCACUUCUACUACAAGUGAUGAAGGAAACAAAGGAAAUUCUUCAACAAAAGUGAUUAUUGCCAUUGUAGUUCCGGUUAUUGGGAUUAUGCUCUUCGUUGCAAUCUUCUGUUUUGUGAGAACUAGAAAUGUGAAGAAACAAUAUACUGCAACACAGAAAACAGAGGAUGUCUCUGGACUUUCUGCUGGGGAGUUCUCCCAAUACGAUUUUGCUACUAUCCAAGCUAUUACAAGUGACUUCUCCCCGGAUUGUAAAAUUGGCAAAGGUGGAUAUGGUUUUGUAUACAAGGGAACGUUUCCUGGCGGACUAGAGGUAGCUGUUAAGAGGUUGUCGAAAAGCUCAGGACAAGGAGCUCAAGAAUUUAAGAAUGAAGUUAGAGUAGUUGUCAAGCUUCAACAUAGAAAUUUAGUAAGGCUAUUGGGAUUUUGCUCUGAAGGCGAAGAAAAGAUACUAAUUUAUGAAUUUGUUCCCAACAAAAGUCUCGACUACUUUUUAUUUGAUAUUGAAAAGAAACACCAUUUGAAUUGGUUAAGUCGUUACAAAAUUAUUAAAGGGAUAGCACGAGGGCUACUUUACCUUCAUAAAGAUUCUCGUCUUAGAAUCAUACAUCGUGAUCUAAAAGCAGGUAAUGUAUUAUUAGAUGAAGAUAUGAACCCAAAAAUAGCAGACUUUGGAAUGGCCAAAAUUUUUGGAGUUGAUCAAACUCAAGGAAAUACAAAUAGAGUUGUUGGAACUUAUGGCUACAUGUCUUCCGAGUAUGCAAUGCAUGGCCAGUUCUCCGUGAAAUCUGAUGUUUUCAGUUUUGGCGUUCUUCUCUUAGAGAUUAUAACCGGGAAAAAGAAUUCCAACUUCAGCGAAUCAAGUGGAGCUGAGGACCUCCUUAGCUAUGCUUGGAAACAUUGGAGGGACAGCACACCUUUAGGAAUACUGGAUCCAAUCGUUGGAGAAUCCUACUCAAGAAAUGAAGUCAUCCAAUGCAUCCAUAUUGGCUUGUUAUGCGUUCAAGAAGUGGACGAGAGGCCGACAAUGACAAAUGUUGUCCUCAUGCUCAAUAGUCAUUCUAUUACGAGACCACCACCUCGUCAACCUGCAUUUUUCCUUAGUGGAAGAUCAGAGAUGAUGCCGAAAGGGAUAGAUUCUUAUCAGUCUACGAGCAGGUUAAUGCCAUGGUCUGUAAACGAAGUGUCCAUUACUGAGCUUUAUCCAAGAUGAGGUAUCCAGCAGCAGCGUUCCAGCAUGGAUGAAAUUUAUGCAGAUUGAAAAAUAAAAAUUUGAUGCAUUAAAUUCCAGCUCAUAUAUUUUAUUGUAUGGAAAUGAUGGAUGUUGGUUUUUUUAAUGCAGCUCUUUCUGGCUUGGACAUGGAACUUUUACAUGUACGUAUGUAAUUAUAAGUUGAAUUUUAAUGAGUUGUAUUAUGACUUCUAU